CGGCAGAUAAUGUCGCUGAUAAACUUAAAAAAAUAAUGGAGACGUGGUGUAUUUCUGCCACAGUAACUGCCAUUGUCACAGAUAAUGACAAAAUAUGGUCGCAGCUAUAAAACACCUGUCCAUCCGCCAUAUACCAUGCGUGGCACACACAAUAAAUUUAGUUUUGGCGGACAGUAUAAAAAACACUCCCACACUGGCUGUGCUGUUAGAUCAUUGUGCUGAUGUCGUCACUUAUUUCAAGCAAAGCAAUAUUGCUAACGCAGAAUUAUCAAAUAUGCAAGAUAUCGCAGGGAAACAGCAAUUACGUCUAGUGCAAUAUGUUGCAACAAGAUGGAAUAGCAGAUUAGCUAUGAUCGCGCGUUUGCUAGAAGUGAAAGACGAACUUGUCCUCGCUCCGUCGCAUCUGGCAAACACUCCUCGGUUUCUUACAGUGGAGGAUUGGACAGUUUCUUCAGGAAGUGAGUUUAAUUAGUAGCCCGUUAAAUGGUUCAAAUGGCUCUGAGCACUAUGGGAC